AUGGACGGCGCCAACGGCCUCGCUCCCGCAUUGCCAGAGCUCAACAAGAUGCGCUGGGCGGCGUCAAGUCGACCAGCACCCCGAGAAAGAAGAUGGAUACGUAACGAUAUCAAGUCCUGCAGCGAUACGGGCACCCAUCCCGAUUCAGCACACAUGACCGAUCAGGAAGAAGGAAGCUGCGUUCUCAAAGACCUCUCGUCAACUGCGCUUUCUUUUUCUCUGUCACCGACUGUCAACUGCAUCGGUGGUGUGCUCAUCCAUCUCCUCGACAAGUUUCGAUGCCCUGCCAGAUCUGGCCCCUGUCUUGCCGUGAAGCGGCCGGGCGUGCCGCGAGACCCAUUUGCCCGGAUGGCCGACGUCCACUUUCAGGGCGUACGAACGGCUCGGCUGGUUUUUCGAGCGUCCCGUCCAAAGACUCCAGCCACGGUGCAUUUCGUUGACGGGACGGUGCAUUCGGGCCAGGGUGUAAGCCCCUGUGUGCGGCGACUGACUUUGCACCGUGUCAAGCUUGCAGAUCACAACCCAACUCAACCGAGCUGCAGUUAUUCAACUCUCUCGUUGAAGACCGUCUCGCACGGGCCCUCUCGUCUCGACUCUGCCGGCUCAAGUCAUAACACCUCUGGUUGGACUGCCGGCUAUAGUAUAGUGCCUAGUCUGCCUUUUCUAGACUCCUGCAGACCUGACCUACGCAUCUUUUUAUCCGCCCGCGGUUUAGCAAGACAUUGGCAAUGUACAACAAACGGCUCUGCGGUGGGAGGUACCCCGGGAUAUGUGGCGUGCAGAAGAGAUGAUGGAAAAACUGGAGCAUGGAUUGCCAUGUUUUGGGACGGAGCCAAGACUGAUUCACGUCUCACCAUUCCUGCGGCUCGUCUCCGCGCUGCAAGCCCCGAACAUGCUUCGCGAACGCCAGUCGACUUCUAG